CCUCAGCCUCCUUCGUCCAGCUAGGCUGCUACAAAACCCAGAUCCCGAAUCCCUCUAUCCUUACCCGAUCGUCGUCAUCCAGGUCCUCUUUCAAGAGUGCUGCCUAACCUCGAGAUAUAUUAUAUCCAGUACAUUGGCAGUCCAUCACCAAUUACACGCACCGUCAUCUCAAAUUUGCGCCCGCGUGUCCAGUAUCGCCAACCACCGCCACAAUGGAGCUCUCUGAUAUCUUCCGCAUUGUCAACUUGGCCAUUGGUGUCAUUACCGCCCUCGGUGGUAUCGCCUCGAUCUUUGGAUUCUCGCUGUCGUCUAUUGUUGUCGGCGUAUACCUGAUUGUCUUUGGUCUGGCUAUUGCUCUGCUUGAGUUCCAGAUUCCCCCUCAAGUUUCGCGCUAUGCUUCAUUCCUCUUUUCCUUCGUCGGCCGUGGUGUUUUCUACAUCUUCAUCGGCUGCCUUAUCCUCGGCGACAUGGUGAUCAGCAAGAUUGCUGGUGGCAUUGUCGGCAUCGUCGGUAUUGCCUACGUCGCCCUCGAGUUCAUCCCCUCGAUCGAGCCCCCUGCCAACAUGCGCGAAGCCGACGUCGCCGGCUGGGGCGCCGAGCAGGUCUAAGCAGUGUGCCUUGGCAUCACUGUGAGAAGCGCAAGAUGGAUCAAACGACGAGAAUGUCAUGUCGGGCAAAAGUUUGGUUUGUGAUGCAUGGAGUGGCAGGAGGCUGUCACAUGUUGUACGUAUACGACGGGACCGGUGCCCUAUAGACCGCGGUGUUUUGCUGGCAGAUGGAGUGUGAUUAUCGAUACAGUUUCCUCACAUCACCUUCGCUGUCUCUCUCCGGGAUCGUGCGCGCUGUCUUUCCUGUGUGAUUUGUGAAAAUGAAGCUCUUGAGAUGGCGCGGUUUUGAAGAAAAUGACUUGAUGCUAUAUGGCUUCAGUUCGCAGCGACGGUCGUGGUGAAUCGCACAUGCUCGACAUAGCGACACCUUCGGCUAUGUGAGAUUUUUGUGUUCAAUUCUGUAUGGCCUUGAGCGUUGAGCCAGUGCUUGCAUCUAAUUAGAAUGCGCGCGUCUUGUAGACCAUGUCCCUCCUGG